ACAAUGGAGUUGCAAAAGUCAACAAAACAAACGACACACAUUAAAAAUAUACUGAAACCCUGGACGAAAGAAUCGUUGACGAAAUGUUGGGAUUGGUGCAGUUCAAUGCUCGAUGAAGAAUCUCUAAAGAAACUGUACAAGUGUAUGGGAAGUUAUUGUAGCUUCAAUACGAACGAUACUAGUGCCAUGUUAUCCCAUCUGCAUGCACACGAAGCUUCUGUUGACAUUUUAAAAUGUGCUUACUGUGUUGCUACGUUUAAGGAGAUACAUGAACUAAUUGCACACAUUAAAAUAGAACACGGACAAUGUCGAUAUCAGUGCAGUUAUUGUUUCUAUCGCUCACUGGAUUCCGCAAACGUUUUUAAUCAUCAAAAAUUAUAUCACAAAGAAGAACGGUGCGCUGAACAAUCCAUCAUUGAACUUCCAGAACACCACGAGAUACCUAGACUUGAAUAUAUGAGUGCAGCUGUUAAAGGGAAAGUUCGACAAAAGGUCUUGAAAUGCACAGUAUGUCACGAGCAAUAUCUGGCCAUAUCAUCGUACAUACAACAUAUAAAUCUGGUGCAUUUUGGAACGUCCGUGGCAUGUUGUUGGUGUCGAAAGGAAAUAAUGAAGGAUAAUGCAGCUGCGCAUUUGCUUACUCAUUAUAUUGGAACGUAUGAAUGUCUUUAUUGCGAUUACGCCUGCAAUAUCAAACAAAUGAUGCAAAGACAUUUAGGCAAUGUUCAUGCUACUAAACCAAUGUUUUGUUCUAAAAGGCGCGAAGUAACGGAUGCGCAUUUUCCAAAAAAGAAAUAUUUACUAGAUGUAAGAGAUUUGGUUCCUGCUGAAUAUGUGAAAUAUUUGAAAGCUAAUCCAAAAACAACCUUUAUCGUAAAUGAAAAUAGUAAUAUUCCUAAACCAGGCGUCAUUGCAAAUGAAGCUCCAAAUAACGAUAUAAAAAUUCCAAAAAUUGUUGAUGUUCAAGGUGGAAUUAAAGUCACUGAUAAUGGGGUAGUUCUUGCUGCAAAACAAACAUUACCGAGUGAAGCACGCUGUACGAAAUUGUCAUUUUCGAAUGAGGAAGUAACCAUUGGCCCUACCAUUAGCGUAAAACGAACAGCAGAUUCGACUACUAUUGGCACGGGUAAACGAGCAAGAUUGGAUCCUACAGUACUAAAGUUAUACGCAAACUCCAAUAUAACUUUAACGAAAACCUUCAAUGCAAUACAAACCGACGUUAUAGCAUUACCAACAUUUAGCAAUGUGCCAAAUACCCGUGAUGUUGGUGAAAAACAACGCCCAAUCAAAACUGUUCAACCCAGAAGCAGUGGAUAUGCUACAGAUAGUUAUGGCGUAAAAUACAAUACAUAUGCAGCUUUAAACGAUGCUGUGUCCUUUACGGCAUUAAGUAUGGCAGCCAAUUCUGGUGAAAAUAGCCCUGCAAGUUUCAAUUUUUUAGAACAAGCUGUGACCUCUGCUGAUCACGAUAAAUCUGUUAAUUUUUCUAAUCAUUAUUCUGAGAGAGGGAAAAAAGGAAACCCAGUAAGCUUCCGGUUGGCGGGGUUUCUGUCUUAUAUAGACACAUAUUAUCGACAAUUGAGUAUAUAUUUGAGCAAAAAAAAGAUAACACCACUGGAUAUCAUUGUGUGUGGAAUAGGCGCUUGUACUCUUCGUUUCGAAAAUCAUGACGCACUCUUUCAACACAUGAAAACUCGUCAUGGUGUAAUAACAAGAGAAACACCGCUAACAAUAGUAUGUGCCCACUGUGCCCUUCAAGUAAACAACGUCACUAAUUACAUGUACCAUCUUUCGGUACAUAGUCUCAAUCAGUAUGCCUGUUUUCUUUGCUGCUAUAGUCAUUUUCUUCUCCCAACUGUCGCAACCCACAUGAACGUGGAACAUGGCUGCAAUUCGGUACAACUAUCUUUUGCACAUCCUGCAAGGAGGGAUUUACUAUCUGACAUCAUUAUUGUAAUGCCCGCCGCAAUUACAAGAGAUGAAAAACUUAAAUACAUCCAAGAAACCAUAACCCGCGGGGAGCAACUUUUCCGAAAUAACCAAACACAUUCAAACACAACAUUUGAAAGGUUUUCUAUGCCAUUGCAUAAUAGUGCUACAAUGAAUGCUGAAGAAAAUUCGAUUUAUCCUAAACAAUCUCACUACAGUCUGUUGUAUAAAUGUGGACUGUGUCAAACUAUUGAAACUAGUAAAUUAUCAUUUCAAAAGCAUCUGAUAGAAGAAUGUCCAAAUAAGAAACGCAAUGUUUACUUAUGUGCGCAUUGCAACAAAAUUUACAAAAAUUGGACCAAAAACCCUGAAAAAAUUUUCGAACACCUAUACUAUCAUGGAGAAAAUUUGUAUGGUUGUGGGAGCUGUCCAUAUUAUCACUUUUUGUUUGAAAACGUUGUAAUGCACAUUAAGACAGCGUCGCAUCCUCCGAAGUGUGAGAUAAACGUGCUGCGUGAAUCAACGGAUCAGUGGGAAUGCAACGUCUGCCAAUUGAAAUCUCCCUUUAGACAAACUGUUAUGGAACACAUGCAAAACGUUCACGAUUUGCCAGGAGAACGUUUCAUGUGUUCAUUGUGCAACUUUCGAACGUUGACAAAAGAGGAAAGCAUCAAACAUUUCAAGCAGAAUCAUUCAAACCAGGACGUGGUAAUGAUAGAAAUGUAUCACGAAACAGAAAUAGAAAAUUCAUCAAAUAAUGAAGACACGGAUUCUGAUGCUUCUAGUGAUUUACAAAUUAUAGACGAUGUUAUAGACUCAUAUUCAAUUUCCUCGUCAAGUGAUCAUACGGAAGAUGAAGAAGAUAUGCAUACAGAAUUCGAAAAAGGAGCGGACAAUGAUCAGAAAUUAUUUCCUAUAUGGUCGGUGUUAAGGGAACACAGCUAUUCCAAAAUAGAAAAUAAUGAAAAAGCUGAGCACGUUAAUGUGAAAGUAAAAAUUGAAAAUUGUACAAAAACAACGUACAUUGAUAGCACUGUAGAUGCUACAGUUGAAGAUACUUCCCCAGUUUCAUCAGAAGCCAACGUAGUGUUGACCAAUAUUGCUGUCCAAGAAGAUGGCAUAAUAACCACAGAACAGGAACUACAACAAAGCUUGUCUCCAACCACGGUAAUGAAUGCUUUGUCCAUGGAGCGCCGUGCGUCUAAGCGAGUUGCUGUCAAAAAGGAUGUAACAUACCGAUGGAAUGACUGUACCAAAUAUGGUUGCAUCUUUUGUGAUAAUAGUUUUGAACACUAUAAGUCACUGCACAUGCAUUCUCGAAUUGUGCAUGGUACUAUAAGCAAAAAUUUUCUAUAUGACUCAAAUGCCGACACAAGUCCAAUAAUAGGAUCCUUUACGGGAUUUCGGUUGUUUAGUGUUGCUCGUUGCUUUUACUGUGAUAAGCAAGACACAUGCUCAGCGCUUAGAAUGCAUCACGAUAAAAAACAUGAUGGAAAAACAUUCAUAUGCCUUGACUAUUGGAACGCCUUCAAAUGUGGUCUUUGUGCUUAUCUUAACGGAUCUGGGAAUGAAAAAGAAUUCAGCAAUCAUUUCCAUCAGUUCCAUACUAAUGACCUGAAGAAUAUAUCUCCAUUUGAUCACAUUGACGAUGCAUUCAUUCAAUGGGCAUUGUCACUAGGGAAAAAGCUUAAUGUACCUAAUAAUGAAGAGGUCAAAAUAAUAAGAUACAUUUGUGGUACAUGUUCUGAAAAGUGUGAAGACGAAUUGAGUAUGGGCUUGCAUGUAGCAACGCAUAUUGUAAAAUUCGAUUGCGAUCACUGUAGUGCAAAAUUUAAACAAUUAAGUGCAUUGUACGAGCACCUCUUAAUUUUGCAUCGUAAGGAAGAUUAUGUUCCUCCGCCAACUUUUCCGAUACUUUCGGACCAAGUGUUGCUGGAAGUUCAAAUGUGUUUUAUCAACGGGUUUAUUUUGUCAAAACGAGAGGCACAAUUUACCAGUCAUGGUUCGUUGCAAGUGUUAGAAGAAGGAUAUCAAAAGUACUAUGAAGAACAAAUUAAGGCAUUAGAUAGGUUUAAAAUCUUGUUGUCGAUCCCUAUUUCUGCAUCAAGCACGGUAGAAGAUAACGUUUCUUGCAAAUCUUUUCUCCUUAAUCAGAUUACUUUUUCAGUUCUUAAGAUACUGCCUAUGGAUGUAAAAGCUUUGGAAGUUGCAUUGUAA